AUGGCUACUGGCGGCGACGACUGCGCCGGUUUACUGAGCGUGGGGACCCGCAGCGGAUCGAAGUCAUCCAACUCCGCCAAAUCAAUCGGCACACACACACGACCUGCAGCAGCAGCAGCAGCAGCAGCAGCAGCAGCAGCAGCAGCAGCAGCAGUAGCAGCAGGAAGAGCAGCAGUAGUAAGGAGAGCAGAAGCAGCAGCAGGAACAGCAGCAACAGGAGCAGCAGCAGCAGUAGCAGCAGCAGCAGCAAAAGCAGUAACGGCACAGCAGCAGCAGCAACAGCAACAGCAGCAGCAGCAACAACAGCAGCAGCAGCAGCAACAGCAGCAAGAGCAGCAGCAGCAGCAACAGCAACAAUACCCUUAA